AUGGUCCUAAUAGGCUGGGCAUCCAAUCCCGUCGUCGCAACAAUUUGUAUUCUCCUUCCGAUUAUCGCGGGCUUUUCGGUCGGAUUGCGAAUUCUGGCGAGAUGUGUCGUGCAGAAGAAUGCUGGGUGGGAUGAUGGAUGUAUUGGGGCUUCUUUGCUCUUCUCCAUCGCCACCACAGUCACCAUCAUCGCACAAGCACAGACGGGAUUGGGGAAACAUAUGUCGCAAAUCAGCAAAUCGGAUGCGUUUCUGAAUCAGAGAGAUUUCUUUGUCAUGAUCAUCAUGUACAACCUCUCCCUCACCUUCACCAAACUCUCGAUUCUCCUACAAUACAAGCGACUCUUCCCGCAAAAAGGCUUCAAACUCGCCGUGCACCUCGUCAUGGGCGUCGUCGUGAUUUAUGCGCUGUGGAGAUUUUUCUCGGCGGUAUUUACUUGUGCUCCUGUGGAAGCUUUUUGGGAUCAUUCGAUCAAGAAUUUUACUUGUCAGGACAAGUUUGCCAUUGCCAUGGCUUCCACAGCGCUGAAUAUGGCAACCGAUCUCGUCAUUGCCUGCCUUCCCCUUCCCGUACUCAACAAACUUCAGCUUCCCUCUCGCCAAAAAUACGCGCUCAUGGGAGUCUUUGCGCUUGCUGGUCUCGUUAUCAUCAUCUCUAUCCUCCGCCUUCCGUCACUGAUCAAACUGUGGGAGACCAAGGAUACAAGCUAUCAGAAUCCCAUGGUGAUGAUAUGGUCCAGCGUGGAAAUCAACGUCGGCAUCAUCUGUUCGUGCUUGCCGACUCUGCGCUGUCUGUUUCCCAGGUUGUUCAAGGCCGCAACGGGGUACGCGAGCGGGAGAUCAACCGGCUUCAGUGAUGGCAGUCGGUCUGGAGGAGGAGGAGGAAAAGAUCGCAACAAACAGGAUCGGAAAAGCCAGGGAUAUGCUUACGUGUGCAAGUCUAACUCCGGACAAGGUUCUUUUGGCGGGAAGUUUUCGUCCAAGGUGUCCAUCUCGACGGUCAACAAGUCUUUGGUGGAGAAGACUUCGAGACGCACGAAAGAUCCGCAAUUGCUGGAGUGUGUGGAAGAGAUUGAAAUGGGUUGUGCGAAAGAUGAUCAGUCGGUCACGACGGAUGCUCCACGAGGGAGAUGUGACGUGAAUCUCGGCCAGAUUGUGGUACGCACAGACAUUGAGCAGGUGGCGCAUGUCAAGAGUUCUGCUAAUGCGAGUCGGCGAGGCACAAAGGAUUCGGGCACAUUGGAAAGAGAGCUGGUCUGAUGAGAUGGGGUGCCCUGGUGGCGCUAGUUCCAGGAUAGGUCGAUCAUGUAGGGAACAGUCAGUCCAGUCAGACCUCUAUCUGUGCUCGAUGCGUCUUCUGAGUCAGAUUCCGCCGUCUGAUCACGACGUGAGACUGAGGGAGAGUCACAUGGUCUUCUGAAUUUUCAACCCGUCCUGAAUGGCAGUCUCCUGUGCAGUCGCAUAUUGAUCUCCACAAAGUUCGGCUCAUUCUCCGGAGUGAUGACACCAUGUCUGACCAAGAAUUCGACCACGACAGCUCCUGAAUCCGGCUUGAAUUCGCCCUUCAACAAGGCGUCUCGCACUUCUUCCACGCCCAUGAGGGAGAAUUCACUCACUUCGUCAUCGUGCGGUCUGGGAAUCACAUCCGCCGGCAGCUCCAUGUCAUAGACGUACACAUAGUCGGGACAUACGAGACCUUUCUCGCCUGGGAACAGGCUGCCAGUCACAGACAUAUGAGACACCACACCGCGGCACUUGGCCAGUCUGCGCACGAGGUCUUCUGGGAGCGACGCCUCCUCGUCCGCCUCUUCGAUGAGUGUGUCGAGAGGUGACACGCCAGACUUGACGCCUCCCGCAACGGUCGAGUCCAACAUUCCGGGGCAGAUGUAGAGAUGCGGUGAUCUCCUCGAGAUCCAGAGUUUCAUCCCCUCCUCCGAGGAAUGCGUGUAUGCGAUCAUGUGGGCGCCGCGGGUCGUGAUGCCGAAGAGAGAAGUAGCAAAGCGUUCGAGCUGAACCGGACCGUCGUAUCUCGCUCCGGCAAUGGCGAAGGGCUCGGAGUGCUGGCCAUUGAAGACAUGGAAUCGCUUCUGCUCAAUGGCGGACGUGAU